AUGGCCCGAUCCAAACAACCUGAUAUCCUUCUUGACAAGAGCCAUGAGCAGGCGGCUGUCGACUUUAUGAAUCAAGUCCUUGGUGAUAUUGAUCCACCUAUCGAAUGCGGCAAAUUACAUGAGAUGCUCAAAGAUGGCGUUUUGCUUUGCAACCUCGUCAACAAAUUACGACCAGGAACCAUCAAGCAUGUGGGACAACGCAAUCUCACAUUUAUCAAGAUGGAUAAUAUCACUCGGUUCUUGCAAGGAGCGCGUCAGCUUGGUCUUUCCGAUAGUCAACUUUUCGAAACCAGUGACCUGUUUGAGGCAAAAGACAUUCCGGCGGUCAUCCAUACUAUUAUGGCAAUUGCACAAAUGUAUAGCAAUGAAAAGAAGGAGGAGCAUAGCAAGGAGGAGGAUGAUGAGGAUGAUGAUGAACAGUCAGCUGGAUCUCCCCAGGAAAAGGAGCAAGAGCAAGUAGAGGAACCUACUAUAAUGGACAUAGCAACGACGACGACAACCGUUGAUAAUGACGUUAGCAAUGAUCCUUGUUCAGGGCACCGAGAUGUACGCGAUAUCUUCUCCAUCAGCACGACUUUUCCUGAUACGACGACAACGUUGAACCAUAAUCCUGCAUUGGCUCGGCCUCCGAAAUCACCCCUUCGUCCUGCAUCUAGUAAAAGACGACCACGACGUAAAAGUAUCGAUACAAGUGCAACAGAUGAAGAUCGCUGGCCGACAUGUUCACGACCUACCUUUGCAACACAAGGAAGACAAUCCGAUUACGUUGCUUUAUCACGCACCUCAUCCACUUCUUCAUGUAACUCGUUCAUGUCGUCGCCCAAUGGGUCACCCAAAGCUACACGUCGACAAAGCGUCAACUUUCCACAACAACACCACCACCAAAACCAAUACCAUCAACAUUCUCCACCUCCUCGUCCUCAGUCUCAACAUAUCAAAGCAGAAAGUCUUGGACGCAAGUUGGAUCGCAAUCUCGCCAAAUCGGUGGAGGAAGGGCGUUCAGCUGAAAAGCUGUUACUCAAAAGCAAGGAUGGCAUGACACGUGCACAAUAUCAACUUGGCAAUUGUAUUGGGAAGGGCCAAUUUGGUGCCGUCUAUCGAGCAUUGGAUCUUGGUACGGGUGAAACAGUUGCUGUCAAACGGAUCAAGCUGCAUGAUGCUGAAGAUCAAGAUGAUAUCAUGAAAGAGGCGACCUUACUCAAGACGCUCAGUCAUUGCAACGUCAUUCAAUACCUCGGCUUCAUUCCUAGUCGAAAUCAUAUCAACAUUAUCCUCGAGUAUGCAGAAGGAGGUUCGCUCAUGUCCACACUCAAGGCAUUUGGUGCAUUCCCAGAAAAGCUCGUUGCAUCCUUUUGCAUGAAGAUCCUGAAUGGCUUGGAAUAUUUGCAUGCGAAUGAAGUGGUGCAUUGUGAUCUCAAGGCAGCGAAUAUCCUUACCACCAAAACGGGCGAUGUCAAGUUAUCCGAUUUCGGCGUUUCCCUCAACCUCAAGAAAACCAAGGUUGAUGCGAAUGAUGUAUCAGGCACACCCAAUUGGAUGGCACCGGAGGUGAUUGAACUCAAGGGAGCAUCAUCCAAAUCGGAUAUUUGGUCACUUGGAUGCACAUUGAUCGAGUUGAUUACUGGCAAACCACCCUAUGCCGACCUCAUUGCCAUGUCUGCCAUGUUUCGUAUUGUCGAGGAUGAUCAUCCACCUUUGCCCGAUGUAUCAGAGCCCAUGCAUGAUUUCCUGUUGAGUUGUUUCCAGAAACAUCCACAAGAUCGACCCUCAGCCACCGAACUCUUAGACCAUCCAUGGCUUCAAAUGCAUAGUGCUGUUGCUGGUGCCAGUAGACCUACAUCCAUGCUACAACAUCAUCAACAAAAUCGAUCCAUGAGUAGUCGUCCUGCUUCCAUGGUAGCACAACAACAACAGCAACCUAUCUCCUCUUCAAGUGAGCCUACAAAGGAAAACACCUUGCCAUCAGGUGCUAGACAACAAAGACAACAAGGUGGUGGUAGUAGGCCAUCCUCUGUGGUACAUCCUUUGGAUAAUCGACCCCUAUCUGAGAACAUCCUUAUGGAUCCCAUCACACAUCGAUUCAUCAAAAUGUCCUUUGGCAAAGUGGUCGAAUGCAAGGUGUGUGGCGACUUGAUGAAAUCACAAGCCAUCUUUUGCGAGGUCUGUGCGUUGAUUUGUCAUGAUAAUUGCAAAAAGUUGGCGUUUUCUUGUCCACCCAAGGUGAACGAUCAACAACCUUCGUACGACUGGGUAUUUUCCGCAAAGAUCUAUAACAAUAAUGGUGAUCGACGAAGUGCAAGCAUGCCAACGGAUUCCAGUCGACCCAGUGAUCAUCCACAAUUCGAAAGUAUUCGAAAGUAUUCUGUGGCCCUUGGUUUGACACCACGUGAGGAACAGGCAUUGUGUGAGAAUCAGGCCCUAUUGACGCAUACGUUGGCCAUGCAACAUGACAAUCCAGCUGCGGUCGCGAAUCUUUUAAACAAGAAACAAACCAAGGAUCGUAAAAAGAGUCUACGUGGCACAUGGGCUAAUUUGUUUUAA